AUGGUCAUCCAACUGGAUCCAUCCAUCACAACAAAUGAAAUUGAUAAAGCAGUGCGCAAUAUGAUCAUUGAGGCCGGUGCUUAUCCUUCUCUUGGAUAUGGCGGAUUUCUAAAAAGUGUAUGUACAUCAGUUAAUGUUCGCCAGCUACAGAAUGGAGACAUAGUAAAUAUUGAUGUGACUGUUUUCUUGAAUGGCUAUCAUGGGGACACUUCAAAGACUUUUCUCUGUGGCGAUGUCAACGAACCAGUAAAACGGCUUGUGAAGGUAACUGAAGAAUGCUUGGAAAGGGCCAUCUCUGUCUGCAAGGAUGGAGCUACCUUUAAAAAGAUUGGGAAGAGAAUUAGUGAGCAUGCUGAAAAAUUUGGCUAUGGAGUGGUGGAACGUUUUGUCGGGCAUGGUAUUGGGACUGUUUUUCACUCUGAGCCUCUUAUAUUACAUCACCGUAAUGAUAAAUCUGGCCGAAUGGUUGAAGGUCAAACAUUUACCAUCGAACCUAUUCUUACAAUGGGGAGCAUUGAAUGUGUGACAUGGGAUGAUGGCUGGACAACUGUGACAGCUGAUGGGGGUCGAGCUGCACAAUUUGAGCAUACCAUACUUAUCACAAGGACUGGCGCAGAAAUUUUGACAAAGUUUUGAGAUAUACUUACAGUUAAAUGCAACAAAGGAAUAUCUCCAAUUUUAUGAAUUUUGAGAAUUGGAAUUCAUCCAAAACCCAUGGAGCGAGGCAAC